GGGACGGGAACGUGGUAACACUCCGCCAGCUGACAAAACAUCUUUCUUACAGAAUGUCCACUGAAAUGUUGCAAAAUGACGUGUACAAGGCAACGCUUGGUUCACUAAUAAUAGAAUUGUUGUUAAUACCCAAAAAACACAACUUGCAAUGUUUGUUUCGCUCUCCAAUCAAGACUACUUUAACUAACAUGACUCUCUAUUUAGAUGAGUCAGACUGUAUGUCUUGUAAAUGUGUGCCUAUCCCAUACGUGGACUGUGUAAAAUAUCUCGGAAUCUAUUUCGAUAGUAACUUAUCGUGGCAACAUCACCUAUCACUUGUUUGUUCUAGACUGAGGUCAGCAGCUUGGCUGUUGUUUAAUAUCAAAAGUUUCGCACCCUUGUCUGUAAAAAAGAUUAUUGUACAUGCACUGCGUUACAGUGCGUUGAGAUACGGUAUUACAGUCUUCGGCUUCUGUUCGGAUCGUUGGAGAAGCAGGGUAGACAGGAUUAUAAAAAAAUAGUCUUAAACAUGUUGCCUACAAUUCAACAUUAAGAUAUUGCCUACGAGAGUAAUUACAGCUGCAAAUAUCUUCCGUGAACUUGUUGGUCUACCGAAUUUUGAUUCAUUGCUUAUAGAAACAGUUAUCGUCAAGCAUUUUUGGAAUUCCGCAUUCAAACAAAAAGUUCCUCGUUCAGCCACAAGGUAUGGUGCCGCCAGACGCCGGACAUAUUUAACAAAUUACCAGAUGAAAUUUUUAAUGCGACAUCGAAAAGCACGCUGAAAGAAAUAUUAAAUCAGCGAUGGUGAAAUUAACCUCCCGAACUUUUCUUGCGCCAUAAUAUUUACUUCAACUUCAUUCGUUUUAACUAAUGUAAACAAAUGUUAUCUAGUUCUUCUCCAUUUUUUCAUUCAUUUUAUUUAUUCUCCAUGUCUCAUCAAUUUAUGUUUUUUUUUUCUUUUUCGCCAUGUGUAUCAUAUUCAUAGGCACGGUCCUACAAGCCAACUGAUGCCUAGACCGGUCUGCUUAUGUUGUUUUGUGUUUGUGAUGGCAAUUAUUGUUAUUAUUAUUAUUAUUAUUAUUAUUAUUAUUAUUAUUAUUAUUAUUAUUAUUAUUAUUAUUAUUAUUAUUAUUAUUAUUAUUAUUGUGGUUGUUGUUGUUUUAUCUAGUCGACACUCAUGGUAUUGCGUUACAUUUCGUCUAUAGCGCUGUGUUUUCGUCUCCUCUGUUGUCCCGCGUGCUCUUUUGCGAUUUGCUUCAGUUUUAAUUCGUUGCGACAAACCAUGAAGCAUGGCCUUCGAGAUUCGCUAACCGAAGUACCCCGUUAAAGAUUCUUUAAGGCCCCUUUCAUUCCUAAUAUUAAUGCAUAUAUUUAGUAUUUAAGAUAGAAUAGAUUACUGUGUGUAUUAGAGGCGUCCGUGCCUGAGUAAAUACAAUAGUAAAUCGAUUAUAAAUAGAUAAUGUCGAAAACAUGGUGGCCAUGAUGUGUGUUUUUUUUUUUGGGGGGGGGGGGUGAGGGGUCUACUUGUUGCUCGUAAAAGCAAAGCCUUUGAGAUUUGCACCCGUAAGUCCAAUGGAGCAGUCAUAUGGUGUAGCAGUCAGCGACCCAAUAUUGCAAAUCGCACCGCUGAGCGACAGCUUGCUUGAAUAAUCAGCCUCGAAGGCUACUUUUUAUUUAUUUAUUUUUAUUCAUGGCGGGUGGCGAUAGUUAUAUGUGGGAAGGAAAAUUCCCUGAUCCCUAGCUCCUUCUGCUUCCUUUAUUUAAGUACAGUGAUUUAGGGGGCACUAUUGCCAGCGUCGUUUUCACCGUGGUGCAACCUGCAACCUUUGUGCUUGGCUUUCACGUGUUGGCGUUGGACGCCAUUGCUGAAAAACUCGUAGAGGCGGCAGGAGGUCGAUGGUUCAGUGAGCGUGGUCUUCCUUGACAGACGUCGUCCUUACUUCCAUGUCAGGUUUCAACGCGUGAGCGCCGUUGCAGUGCUGACAAAUCGUACGUCAAGAAGUGCACAUGUGUGUGAAGUAGUCUAGUGGCACGACCACUUGUUGACAACUUUGUAAAUGGCAACUAAGAGGAAGGAUCCCUGCGACAAUUUCGAUGUCGCAUUUAUGCCGUUGGCUAAAAAAUGUGCCGGCGAAGAUGAAGCAGCGCCCGACUGUCGUAACAGCUCAAGUGAUGCUAGUGUGGAUCCGCCAGAUUUCGAGAGACCCACUCUAGGGCAGCUAAUGUAUUACGAUCGUCCUUGCUCUGCGAGAAGAUCUGGACAAAGAUGCUGGCUGAGCGUCGAAAUGUGUCUAUGGAACAGAGUACUGCACGACCUUGGUUUCGAACUUCUCGAGCACAAACCUGGCAAGGUUAUUUUGCAGUCAAUGCCCUACGCUGAGGCUUACAACAAACAUUCCACUGUUUGUUUCGUCCAGUCUUCGUGCCUACUUACGCGGCUUCUUGAGCGCCACUGUUGCAUUGACGAGCUUAAGCUGUUCUCUCGGAAGCUUCCCAGCAACGCCGACUACACUGACAAUCCAAACAAAAAGUCCUACCCCGUUCGCUUGGCUGCCGCGUUGCGAGACGGCCCCAUCCGCAACAUUCGCAGGCUUAAGCUUGUGCUCUCCAAUACCCCCGCAGAGAAUCCCGACGAAGUGCCCAAGCGCCACGUAUACGUAUUCGAGGGCCUCAAUGCUGUCGCCGGUCUGGAAGAGCUCGUGAUCGAUUGUCCUGAAAUCAACUUCAAAUUUUCAUCAGAACUGGAAGCGCUGCUACGACGCAAUGCCGGCACCCUCAAAAGAGUCAAGAUCGUCCAAGCGACUCUACCAAGGAAUGUGUACCAUGCGUUACAAUACCUCGUCAACUGUGAGUCGCUGACGUUUAACCCACCUUUAAAUAUUGACAGACGCCUCCCGACCACCGACCCCGUGGCACAACUUCUGUGGAAGACGAACACCCUGAAGAAACUCAGUGUUCGUUCUAUCAUAGAUCGCGCUCAGCUUACCCCACUGGCGGAAGCCAUCAACACCUGCACUUCUUUGACAGAGCUGACCGUGCAGUUCGCAAAUACGAGCUGCUCAAUGGGCGCUUUAUUUUCUGCGCUUGGAAGCAACACUACCUUGAAGAAACUGCAUGUUAAAGAAGGUGUUGUUACUCAAAGAAACGAACAAGCUCUGGCAUUGGCACUGCAAUACAACACCUGCCUUCGUACCUUGGAAUUUGAGGAUUGUGUGUUUCUUGAAAGCACCACAAACUGGGCAGGAGCAUUGAUGAUAAACACCACGUUGGAAGAGCUUCAUAUGACUCUCAAGCUACGUGUGGCACUAGUACGACAACUCUGCGAGGCACUGGCUGUAAACAAGACUCUAAAAAGGCUGACUAUUGCUAGCUUCGAUGCUUGCAUGCAAGUGAGGGUAUCCUUGGCGGAGUGCUUGGCUGCGAACAGCUGCUAUGGCCGUGUGCAACUACCCUGGAGCGAGCCUGAUAUCCCGGGUUUGACAGCUGUUGUGGUGUGCCCUGAAUUGUGCCCCGAAGUAGUGAUCUUGCCAACAAUUUCACACAUAUCGGAGACAAGUCUGAUGCCCCUCCUUCAAGCUAUUGGUGUAAGCGAGCGCAUUCACACCUUUAAGAUAUGCCUUGGAGAUGCCGCCAAUGCUAAGGGUGCAGCUGUCUGUGAAAUGCUGAAGACUACAGAUUACAUCACAGCAGUGGAGAUAGGAAUGGGGCAUGAUGAGGGGGGCCAAUUCCAUGACCUAAUGCAUGCCCUGGCGGCAAACAGAAGCAUAACUGUGGCGACAAUCUCUGUUCAUGCCAUCAACAGGCUCGAAACCGCUGAAGAUCUCUCGUACUUACUGUCGCACAACACGACACUAAAUGGACUUGCCUUGUACUCAGACUCUAGUUUCAGUGCUGAAUUUGUGAGGGAGCUUUCAAAAGGAAUGUGGAGGAACAAUCACAUUGUAGAGUUCGUAAUAGCCCCCAAGUUGCAGUGCACUGAUAAUGAGAGCUUUAUCUUAUUUGAGACAGUACGAAAGAACAAGAGUGUUCUGAACCGUGCAGUUGAUUUUAUUUUUCAGCACAGGACAGACCGACUAUGUGCAGAAGGGUUUGAGUUGUUUGCUAGAAGUGCCUGUCAGUUUGCUUACAUAGCAAGAGUCAGUGGGAAAACGGAAGCUGAGGUAGCUGCGGCUGUAGUCUCAGCUACAAACAUUUUGAAGGACUACUAUUUAGUUAUCACAGGAGUUGUCCAGAACUCCGUUAGAUGCCAUCCUGCAAACAGCACACAGAUAGAUGCUCUGAACAGUGACUGCUGGCGUGCAAUUGCAGACUACCUUAGUGUUUACGACGUGCUCUGCCCCAUAUCUUGAUUUUCCUUCCAAUGUGCACCAUAAUUGAUGCCAGGUUUAGUGAACAGUGCCGCAUUUCCCAUGCCCUCAAUAAGGGCAAGGUACAAGAUACGUUUAUCUUAAGCUUUUGCUUGUAGCAUAUUGGAACCUUAUGGUUGGUUGUGUCCUUGAAGUCAACAUGUUAUGUUCAAGCAAUUAGUGGACCGAUCUUGCCAUGUUUAGAGUGCUUGCACACCUGUGCUUUGAGCACCACAAUUCCUGCAGUUCACACUGCUUUCCCCGCUGCUCUCAGGUUCAAGACAACGUUGAGGGGAAUGUCAUCGUGGAUUUUUCUAGCAAAUAUUUUGAGGUGCUUAGGGCUCCUAUUCGAUCUUGUUGUACAAUCAUUUUAUUCUCGCCUUACUGCCUCCUGAUUUUGAGAUCUCAGUUGGCUAUUUGUCACAGUGAAAAAGAAGUGGAAACAAUGUUGACUUAUGGGCCUUUUACCAUGACCUAAUUACGCAUUAAUUGCAGUAGCUGUAGCAGCGAUGGCACAGUGAGACUUGUGGUAAGAUCGGUCUAUGAGUAUUCAUUAGUCUUAUCUAUUAUUGUAUAAAUUGCAUGUGUAUUUUGUGGCCACAAUGGCUCUCAUGAUUGUCUCUCAAUAACUGGUCAUGUUAUUUGUGUAAUUAAUUAGUGUUGCUUUUUGAAGGACAGUGAAGGGAGACACUGACCGAUCACUAGUAAUUGAUAACGUUUAUCUUCACUUUUCAGCCAUUACCAUAUGUGUACCCACUGCGUAAUGUGCCUUAACACAGUGUGGCUUUGAUUUUCAUUUGUUUGAAACAAUGUGUGCAGUGGUAGUCAUGACACUGGUGACGUUACUACAGUGUUCAAAGCUUAAGAUGGGGCAGUGCUGUUGCCACUGUAUGCUAUGUGUGGUGAUUUACAAACUCUCACUGUGAUAACUUUCUUUGAUCUUUUGCCACGGACCUUUCCAAAAAGCCAUGCCUGUCCACUAGUGGCAGUUACUAGGAAGGCUGGGAGUAGGGUUUGCAAUUUGCUACACCACCUGCUUCUGCGGGUUUCUCCCUGUUUUUCAUAUGUGUGCAUAUUUCAAAAUAGUACAGUCAAUUGAACUUUCCUGAAUUUGUCUUAUAUUCUACCACGCAGUGUUGAUAAAGGACAUUUAGCUUAAAUGAAAGUUCUAAAGACACAUUUUCAGCUUCAGCUCAUGUUGCAUGUCUUGUUUCCUUUUAUAGUAAAAUUAUAUAUUCAAGUAUAUAAAAUUAUUUGGAAAGUUAGAACACCUUUGUUAUGUUCUGCCUAAACAAAACAGACAUAGCAAGCUCUUUAGCCUCCAUUAACUAACACACUGAAAAUUACUUGCCAGUUGUUUGGGUUGUUUUCACAACUGCAAACUCUUGAAUAUUGUGUUAAGAUUACAAGUGACUUGUUCUAGUACAGUUUUACUAACGUUUCAUCAAACUCUGAAAAAUAAAUUAUGUUAACACACACACAAAAAGAAAGUCACUGCCCUUCCACCCUGUUAAGAAGGAUGACCAGCAAAACUGCGUAUGUGGGCCCCUUACUGCAUCUCCGCCGAACUGCCCCUCCGUCGUGGGUUGGCCCGGCAUUGCACUAUCUUUGCGAUUGGUUCACGAAUGGGGAGGGCUUAACACCUGCCUCACCUCUGCCGUGAUCAGCCUAGUAUUGCACCAUCUUUGGGAUUGGCCCACGUAUGUAAAGUGCUGAAUGCCUCCUUCACCUCAGCCACGGGUCGUCCCGGAAUUGCGCUACCUUUGGGAUCGGCCCACGUAUGGGGAGUGCUUAACGCCUGUUUCACCUAUGCCGCGGGUCGGCCCUGCAUUGCACUAUCUUCGGGAUUUUGUGUCUGCAUACUGACAUAAUCCUGGGGGAACUAGCCCAUAACAACUUCGCUGUAAAAGCUUCCCUGACUAUAACCUAGGGAAUCUUCUAAUGCUGAAAGGACAAUAGAGGUAGGGUACCUGCACCAAGCAAGUCUGUUUCUACAAGUUCUUGAAACAGGCGAAAUUGCAAACAGCAAGACAUCAUUGUGGUCUAAGAGCACUGUGUUGCUUGUCAGUUUCUCCUCUUCCAAGCUUGCUGCUGCCUGUGCUGCAUCUUCAAUAAAGUUAGUAUGUAUCCCACGAAAGGCAUGUGCCCAGGGCAAAUUAAAAAAAAUAAAUUAAUAAAAGCUAAGGUUUCCUUAUAAGUGUUGUGUUUGACACUACACUUGAUUGACACUUUCUUUUUUUUUUUUUUUCCUGGCAUACACCAGAGCCCCUAUGUGGACGGAACCAAACUCGUAGCAUGCUGCAUCAUCACACAACAAGCACCCGAGGUGCUAGUGCAUGCUCAUGCACAAUGCUAUGAGGUCUAUAUGCAUAUGUGCCUGGCCUAAAAGCAUCAAAUAAGCCAGUGCUAGAGCAUUCCUUCGGCUACGAUCAUGUCAGUAGAAUAAGUGGAUAAUCACUCAUAUGCACUCACCAGUAUUUUCGCAGGCUCAUACUCGCUCACACUUAUGUGCACUAACCUUUGUUGGCACCCACUAAUAUUUCUACUGGCCCAUUCAGCUCACUUCCAUUCAAAUUUACCAGCACCCACUAAUGUUCAUACCCAUGCCCACUCCCACUUCACCAGCAUUCACUCACAUUCAUACCACUCAGUCGCUGAGUCAUUCACGCGUCCACUCAACAUCAUUGCCACUGACCCUCAUUUGUACUCUCAUAAACUGGCACUCACUCCCGUUCAUACUCAUGUCGUCGCCAUUUUUGCCAUUGAAUUUUAAUACCUUAUAAUAAAUUACACUCUUUAUGCGGAGCACUUAGAUGCGUCAAUUAAUGAUCAGAAGGACUUACUCUAACGAUUCAGUAUGCUUGUAGAAAAUCAUCAAGAUUGUUUCAGGGUCCCUUUAACAAGCACAUUUAAUAUUCAGUUGGCAGCCUCACACCAUUAUAGGCUGUCUGCUCAUGUCUACUUCUUUUUUGUUCAAAAGUGAACCUUCAGCUUUUGUGCUUCACAGGUGCUGCUAUUAUGACUUAAAAAGCACAUACAUCAUAAUUUGGGAAAUGGCGAAGUGGUUUGCUCUUAUUGUACUUGUAGCUGUUGGGGCAGUCUAGUACAGUGGUACUAACAUUGCAAUUCUGCUGCUGGUAAAGACUGGCGGUUUUUCUUCUGGCAUCUGUUUCAGUAGCAUGGAAGGACACCACAGGUGCGAUCGGAGAUGGUUGUUCGGCGCGUUCGUUCGGUUACCAGCGCGCGCGAUUGGCCUACUCCGCACCGACGUCGCCAGUCGCGGGGCGCAGCCACAUUUUUGGCGACGUCAAAAUGACAACACGCUUCUGUCAAUCAUCCUGCCACCGAGCAUUUCGUCUGCUAGGCGCCGAACCUGACGGGAGCUGGGAAGUUUGGAGUGAUCAUACGGCUUCGGAUGGCGCGUCUGGUGGAUUGGAUUGGAUCCAACCGGCAGCUGCGGCAUGGCACGUUUGGAUCCAAUCGAUAGUUUAAUUCGAGAAAAUGGCGCUUCCGUUGGGAAUUUAGGUUGUUGCGCUGGCAUUUCUAGAGGAAGGAGAAGAGCGGGUGGCAGUGCGAAACGCGUUUGAAGAAAUGGCAGAAAGUGAAUUCCGGCGUCGUUUUUGUUUCUCGAAACAAAUAAUUCGUUGGUUGUACAGAGAAAUUGACCCCAUCAUCGGUGCCAGCUAGCCACUGCAAUGUUGUCGCUGCCUCUUGAAAAGUGCGCCACUCUUCCUGUAGUUUUUUUUUUUUUUUUUUCUUCUCGCUGUGUGCGACACCACCUAGAGACGACACAAAGAAACUAAUAGUUAUAAAUUGCAGUAGGCACACGUACUACUAUUUGAAAACGUGUUUGGGCUUGAGAAGAAAAAAUAAAUUUUUUUAGAUAAAAAUUUCAUUCAUUUGGAAGACGAGAAACAUUUCGUUUUGUAGUAUACUGUCUGCAAGCAGACGAAAAACGACGGAAGUAAACUUCCGGGCAGGUCACCGCUUUCUGAUUGGCUGCUCUCUCCGCCCCGCUGUCACAAAUUUCGCACACUGCAAUUUUGUGACAUUGCAGCAACUGAACAGAACGCAUAUCCAACAAAAUAUCUCCGAUCACGCCCUAUGUUUCGAACAAGAAUUAAUGGGGAAAAAAAAAAGAAAUAGGGCAUCAUUGACUUACAAUGAAUGAGACCGUGAGGCCAGCAGGGGCUGUUUGCAUUUGGUGAUCCGCAUAAAUGCAAUAGGCACGAACUCCUGUCAAGCCUUACUCUCACGACACUUUGGAUGUGGCUACCAAGCCCAUGUGGCAGCGUACUUUAUGGAAAGGUCCGUUGUAUAGCAUGGUGCACUGUUAAAGGGAACACCUUGCAACUGAUAAGGCCAUAACUGGAACAUUUCUUCACUUUUACCUGAAAGGAGUGGUUGAUGUAACGACAUGUAUACAUAAAAAUUUGGCUUGUAUAUAUGUUGGCAAUAAUGUAUGGCAGAAUACCAACUGCGUGUGCCCUUUAACAGUGGAUCAUGCUGUACAUUUUAUAUGUAAGUGAACAUUUGUACCUGUUUUUGGUUUUUAGAGCAUGUAAGUUGGUUUUAUGUGAUAGUAGAAUGUCAGAAAAAUAAAAUUUUUUUAGCUAG